AUGAUGUCUGUCUGUCUACGUGUAUCUUUCUAUCUGUUGGACAUACUUACAUCCCUCUCACUCUCUUUCUCUAUCUAUCUAUCUAUCUAUCUAUCUAUCGAUCUAUCUAUCGAUCUAUCUAUCGAUCUAUCUAUCAUUUGGGCAUCAUCAAAUCAUAAGUAUCUCUCUAUCCCUCUCACUCUCUCUCUGUCUCUCUCUCUCUCUCUCUCUCUCUCUAUCUAUCUAUCUAUCUAUCGAUCUAUCUAUCGAUCUAAUGCAUCAUUUGAGCAUCUUCAAAUCAUAAGUCUCUCUAUAUCCCUCUCACACACACUCUCUCUCUCUCUCUCUCUCUCUCUCUCUAUCUAUCUAUCUAUCUAUCUGUCUAUCUAUCGAUCUAUCUAUCAUUUGGGCAUCAUCAAGUGGGCAUUGAAUCAUAAGUAUCUCUCUAUCCCUCUCACUCUCUCUCUCUAUCGAUCUAUCUAUCGAUCUAUCUAUCAUUUGGGCAUCAUCAAGUUGCCAGGCGGAUUAUUUGUUUUCUGUGACACCAGCUGUUCUACGUUCGGUCCCACUUAUGACCGUGAUACUUUUCUUCCCCAGGCUUCACAUUUGGUAUUUUUAAUAAAUCCUCCUGAAAUCUAUAUCUAUAAAACCGAUGACGUCUGUCUGUCUACGUAUCUUUCUAUCAUAAGUCUCUCUCUAUCCCUCUCACUCUCUCUCUCUCUCUCUCUCUCUCUGUCUAUCUAUCUAUCUAUCUAUCUAUCUAUCUAUCUAUCUAUCUAUCAUUUGGGCAUCAUCAAGUGGGCAUUGAAUUUCCAUUGUAAAUUUGCCUGCUUAUCUAUCUAUCUAUCUAUCUAUCUAUGUUCGUCUGUUCCUUUCUAUUCCUCAGCUUAUUAUAUUAAUAUGUCCAUUAUAUAUCUAUCUAUCUAUCUAACUUACACAUAUACAUCUAUCUAUAUUAGACUGAUCAAUCUAUCUAUCUAUCGAUCUAUCUAUCUAUCUAGCUCGUGGCCUCUUAUUAUCUAUCUAUCUAUCUAUCUAUCUAUCUAUCUAUCUAUCUAUCUAUCUAUCUAUCUAUCUAUAUGUUAUUUUACAAGUCGUUCUUUUUAG